CAGAACAGUACCUACCUUAGGUACGCUUAUUGCGUAUUAAAUACAUGAUACCACCAAUGAUAAAAAAGACCAGGGCUCAAGUAAUACCAUUAGUGUACAGCAUUACUUGCCGUAGGUACUACCACCUACGCAGGUAGGUAUGUAUCUUACCUACUGACUGCGAAAAAGCUCCAAAGGCCCUGAAGCCGCAACGCAACGCCUUCUGUGAUCCGGACGUACUGUACUCCUUCAGUUAUUGACUGUCCCCAUCGGCAGGUAUAGUCUCUUCUUCACAGCAGGGUCAAUAUAUUUCAGAAGGGGUUUUUUCGGUUCCCCUUCCCUUCUCUUUUCUCUUUCUUUCGCUUUCAGAAAUUCAAAUCCCAUCCCGCCCUCCUGAUCAUGCUGCCCAUAUCCAGACGCGCUGCUCAUGGCGCCCUUUUCGCACGAGCACGCCUGGGCCCAUGCCUUCCUCGACUUCAACCGGUCGCCUCACUUUCAACUUCAUCUACAAAAUCAGCGACGGCACUUGAGCGCCAAGCAGAAUCAAGCCAGUCGCUGACUGCGUCUGGCAAGCUACGAAAGGAGGUGCCUUUGCCGAGUCAGGAGAAGAAAGAGGGUGCGAUGCAAUAUGUUCUGACUACACUUGACCAAGUUGCCAACUGGGCUCGUCAGAGCUCUUUGUGGCCCAUGACAUUCGGCCUCGCUUGUUGUGCAAUUGAAAUGAUGCAUUUAUCUACCCCUCGAUAUGACCAGGAUCGUCUAGGAAUCAUUUUCCGAGCCUCACCACGACAAUCGGAUGUGAUGAUUGUGGCUGGCACAUUGACAAACAAGAUGGCACCUGCCCUGAGGCAAGUCUACGAUCAAAUGCCUGACCCCCGUUGGGUGAUCAGCAUGGGGAGUUGUGCAAACGGCGGUGGCUACUAUCAUUACAGCUACUCGGUUGUUCGUGGUUGCGAUAGAAUAGUGCCAGUCGACGUUUAUGUUCCCGGAUGCCCGCCUACCUCUGAGGCUCUGAUGUAUGGGAUUUUCCAACUCCAGAAAAAGAUGAGACAUACACGGAUUACACGCAUGUGGUACCGACGUUAA